AUGGCAUCCGGCUCCCUAGCUGCGGCCCAGAUGGCUCCGGUUGCGCUGCCCGGCAGGCUGCCCUCGUUUGCGGCCCCAGGACACUGUGGCGCUCCCGGGGCCGUGAGGCCGCUGCGGCGAUCUCUGCGGCCGGCUGUCCGCCACUACACGAAUGGCAGGGCCCCGCCGAACGGCUGCGGGCGCUUUAACGCGAUUGGAGACGUGAGGGUGCGGGCAGAGCAGCGGACGCGCUCAGCCUCGCCUACGGAACGCGAGAAAUCAGGCGACGCGGACCUGCGGGAGCUGCAGCCGCGGGGGGCCUCGGACACAGCGGUGCCGUACGAGGGCGGCGCUGUGGCAGACGUGCAGGCCGGCGGCGGCAGCGUGCUAGGUGCUGCUUCGCUGGUGGCAGGCACCACCGUGGGCGCGGGGGCGCUCGCGCUGCCGGCGGUGACGGAGGCGUCCGGGUUCCUGCCUAGCUCUCUCGCUCUGGGGCUGACGGCGGUGUUCAGCGCGAUGACAGGGCUGAUGAUCGCGGAGGUCAACAUGCGCGCGAGGGAGGACACCGGGGAAAGCGUGUCGCUCAACGAAAUGACGAAACUCACGCUGGGGAGCGGCGGGGCCGCUGUCUCGUCCACGGCGUACGUCUUCCUGCACUACUGUCUCCUGGUGGCCUACCUCGGGAAGGGCGGCGAGCUCGUCGCGCCCCUCUUGGGCCUGCCCGCGGACGGGGACCCGCUCGUCCCGGAGGCGGUCUUCACGCUGCUCUGGGGCGCGACCUGCUACGUCGCGAGCGACGCGGCCAUGGAGGGAAUCAACUCUGCGCUGGUCGCGGGUGUGGUGGCGGCCUUCCUCGCGCUGGUGGUCUCGGUGGCCGGCGGGGUGGACGUCUCCCGGCUCGCCGCGGGCGACUGGUCCGCAGUCCCCGACGCGCUGCCCGUCAUCGCGCUGGCGUUCGUGUACCAGAACGUGGUGCCGGUGAUAUCGGAUUCCCUCAACAACGACCCCAAGAAAGUCCGACAGGCGAUCCUCAUCGGCUCCGCGGUGCCGCUCGCGAUGUUCGUGCUGUGGGACGGCGCCGUGCUCGGCACGCCGUCGGAGGGCGGGGACCCCCUGGUGGCCCUGUUGAACCAGCCGGGCCUCGCCGGACAAGCAGCGGCGGCGUUCUCCCUCCUGUCGCUCGUCACGUCCUUCAUCGGCUUCGUUCUCGGGCUCACGGACUUUGCCGCGGGCAUCCUCAACGUGCCCGAGGAGGACCGCAAACGCCCCUCGGCGCCCGGCCGCGCCCUGACGUUCGCGGCGACGCUCGUGCCCCCUUUCGUCGCGUCUUUGUUCCUCAGGGACGUGUUCGUUAAGGCGCUGGACUACGCGGGCACGUAUGGCGUGCUGAUGCUCUUCGGCGUGCUGCCGCCGGCGAUGCUGUGGCGCAGCCGGUACGGCGGCGUGUUCAAGGACGCUGCCGGGCAGGAGGAGCUCACGCCCGGCGGGCCAGCCGCGCUGGUGGCGGUGGGCGCCGUUGCCGCGGCGAUCAUUGGUCGCGAAGUGGUGCAGACCAUCUCGGGCGCGUAG